UCUCCACUCGCCUUGCUUCUUCUCCUCUUCAACGUCCUCAACCCCCCAUACAGGACCACAGCAUGACAUCGUCAGAAUCAUCAACAGCCUCAGCAUCCGCAUCUGCAUCUAACCCGGCCCCACCACACGCAGGUGACGCACAAUGUCCCGUACCACAUGCAGCUCAGCAACCCCUCCCUCCUGGCCACCCGGCAGUUGCCACGGCUCCCUCUUCCUCACUCAAACCGCCAACAGACCCACGCUGCAUCUUCUUCCGUACGCAGGACGAUGUGCAGAGUGCUAGUGCCAGCGGCACCAACACGCCCACCUCUGAGCGAUCACGCGCUGAGCUCCUCGCUGCAGCCAACAUCAAUCCGUUGGCCGAGCAGGAGGCAAGGACCGCUGAUCCCGAGACGACGUUUGUCCUGGGCAGCCGCAAUUCCCAAUUGGCCCUCGUUCAGGCAAGCCACGUCAGCCAUAUGCUCUCGCAGAGGUACGGCACAGACUCCCCAUCAGCGCCUUCUUCGUCCAACCGCCCCGCCAGCUUCCCCAUCACAUCAAUGAGCACUGCGGGCGACCACAACCUCAAGUCUCCACUGUACGUCAUCGGCGGAGAGGGAAAGGCCAUCUGGACAAAGGAGCUCGAGGUGGCACUGAAGCUCGGAGCAAUCGAUGCCGUGGUGCACUGCUUGAAGGAUGUGCCGACCACAAUACCCGACGACUUUGUCAUUGGCGCCAUCCUCGAGCGGGAGGACCCGCGUGACGCUCUGGUAGUCAAAGCGGGCUUGCCGUACAAGACUCUGGAUGAGUUGCCCACAGGUAGUGUCAUUGGUACCAGCUCUGUGCGACGGGUAGCUCAGCUCAGACGCCGCUACCCUGGCUUGGUCUUUUCGGACGUGCGUGGCAAUCUAGGAACCCGCAUCUCAAAGCUCGACGCCCCCCAAGGCCCUUAUACAGCAAUCGUCCUCGCUGCGGCGGGUCUGUUGCGCAUCAAUCUCGGACAUCGCAUCACCGCAUUUUUGCAGAAGCCUGUCCUCCUCUACUCGGUCGGUCAGGGUUCGCUCGCCAUCGAAGUGCGAAAGCCGAAGGAAGGGGCGGACCCCAAGACGGAUCGAGACGCGAGGAUAUUGGAAAUGGUAAAAACGAUUGGAGACUGGCGGGCUACGGCGAGGCAGGAGGCAGAACGGGCUCUGCUCAAGGAGCUGGAAGGUGGUUGCUCUAUUCCUGUGGGGGUAGAGACGAGGUUUGAGGACCACGAGGACGUCGAGGGAGCGGGAAGGGAGCAGGGAGACGUCGUGACAGGCGUCGAGGGAGAGGCGUCAGCGGAAGGUCAUGCGGUCACCAAGACUGCAGCAAGGGCUGUGGAAGCGUUGCAGAGUGGCAAGGGAGCAGAGAGCCCUGUCCCGGCCACUAAGACGGCAGCUCCUUCGCUCAGACGGCUGGCGACGGACAGAGCUGCGGCCGAGGUUCAAAGCAAUGGCAGUGCCGCAGACACAAAGGCAUCUUCGUCAGCGAAUGGCAGCUCAGCGUCGGCUCCUCAUCCAUCACCCCUGGAUACCCUUCCUUCUACAUCCUCCUACUCUUCCUCCCCGAUCACGCAAGCGCAUCUACCCCCUCCCUCGCCGCUGACCCUGACCUUGACAGCAAUCGUCGUCUCGCUGGACGGAUCUCGCUCUUGUUCAACAACGCACUCGGCCAGCAUUCCUGACAUCAGCGCCGCCCGCCAACUCGGCAUUCGUGUCGCCCGCGAGCUGCGCGAUGAGAAAGGGGCAAAAGCUAUCCUAGAGGAGGUGGAGCGCCAUCGCCACUUGGCAGAGGAGAUGGACCGCAAACGACGUGAGGAGGCGAAGAAGCGUCGUGAACUGCAUGAAGGUGGGACUGACGCGGAACAGCAGGAGAGGGAGAGUCGGUUGAAACUCGAUGAGCUCUUGGCCAAGGCUGGCCAAGAGAGCAAUGGACGAGCGCGGGCGGGUAGCAGCGCCGCUGGGGAAGAGCACCCGACAGAUGAAGCGCUGCGGAGGUUACAGGAACUGGUCCCGCAGGCUAAUGGAGGAGAGAUGGAUCGCCGUGGUAUGCCGAGGGAGGAUGGGCAGGAAAAGGUUUGGGAGGUGUGAGGGCGAGAUGCAAGCAUACACUUGCGUCAGAUGAAAUGGUGAUUAUCGAUUCCACUGCUCUAUGAUUGUCUUUCCUCGUCGCUCCAGUCGCUACGACUCUCCCCCUGUUAUUGGCAAAGCGAGCACAGCAAGCCAGCUAGGUAUCUUGGUCUCUGGCACCCAAGAGAGGCCAAAGAAGCGCAGAGUUAGGCCGCCGUGAGCAUUGUAUCUUCUAAAG